UCAUACAAUUAACUUGUUAAAAUCCUAUUUCAAACAUAUUUUUUUGCGUAGGAUUGUAAUUAGGUUAUAAACCUGAAGCGGGCGAUAAGCUCUGCCAUUACUGUCAACGGUUCUCACUCUUUUAUUCGGAUAAUUUAUGCUGAAAAUCCCAUAAAACGAAUAUGUAAUUGUUUAACAGUGUAUUAUUUUCACCCUGAGUGCUAUUUUUAUCUAUUUCCAAAAGAGGAUUGGUCGUAGAAGCGCCAAGCUUGCUACGUGUCUAAUGGCGGUGAAGUAGGUUUUCGCGCGCGUUAGUGACGGAUUCGUGGCAUUUUUUGGAGCAGCUGACACGAUUAUUUUUACGAUUCAACUAUCCCCGGGCAAUGCCAGGGGCAACAUAAAGCAGCUCCAUAGCUUCGCCCACAAUGGCAGAAUCUGGCUCCUCAUGUGAAAGCAGUGAAACUUCUAUGGCAUUGAAGCGGAAAAGAAAUUCUACUGAUGAUGAGGAGCAAGAGAACAUGCCCCCACGCAAAAUAUCUCCAAAAAUAGAUAAUGAAUUGGCUGACCAGCCAGCACACAAUGUCAUAGUGGAGUCAUCCUGCUCCAGUGAUGAUGAGGGCUCCCACUAUGAAAUUAUUGACAACCAACCACGGAGUGUAUUCACAGACCUUGACUAUGGUGAUAGCUUUCUGAGCCCUCCAAGCAUACCUGACCUUCCCAACUGUGUUCUAAGCCCCCUGGAGAAUGUGGCUAGAGGCGAGUGCACCCCACACUCUAACAAAAGGCCUGGUGCCAGCAAAUCUGACUAUCCUUCAUCACCAAAACGCAAAUGUCCACUCCCAGGCUUGUCCUGGGCAGACCCCACUGAUGUCUGGAGGAAGAUGUGUGAGGAGGACAACAGAUCUACCUCCAAGAGAAACCCCAGCAUGUUUGACAAUCACCCUAGCCUUCAGCCUAGGAUGAGAGCUAUAUUAUUGGACUGGCUGAAUGAGGUGUGCGAGGUUUAUAAACUCCACCGAGAGACAUUCCACCUCACAGUGGACUACGUGGACAGGUAUCUCUCCAACACAGAAGACGUGCAAAAGGGCCGUCUUCAACUCGUAGGUAUAACAUGUUUAUUCAUAGCGGCCAAAGUAGAAGAAGUGUACCCACCGAAGAUCGGCGAGUUCGCGUACGUGACCGACGGCGCGUGCACGGCCGACGAGAUCCUUCUAGAAGAACUGCUCAUCCUCAAGAUCCUGUGCUGGAGCCUCACUCCCAUAACCGUGAACAGCUGGCUGAACGUUUACAUGCAGCUAGCGAGCGAAGCGCGCGGCGCCAAGCGCAGACUUAUCAGUGAAAGUGACAGUGGUGUGAACGCUUUCCGAGGGUACACAUUUGUGUUUCCUCAGUACUCCUCCCUGGAGUUUGUGAUAUGUGGACAGUUGAUAGACUUGGCAGUGUUGCAUGUGGAUGUAAACACGUUUAACUACAGUAUGGUGGCGGCGGCCGCCAUGGCACACACGUUCAAUAAGGAGCUGGCGUUGAGAGUGUCAGGCUACACAUGGGACACCCUCGAGCCGUGCUACAGCUGGCUGGCGCCCUUCGUCUCCGCGGUGCGCGCGGAGGGCGCGGUGAGCGUGGUGCGCGGCGGCGACGGCGAGUUCGUGCACAGCGCCGGCGGCCUGCAGCUCAUCUGUCCCGACCUCAACGUGGACGAGAGCCACAGGAUACAGUCGCACAACGUCAGUCUGGAUAUGUUUGAUAAAGUAUACCAAUACUUCCUGGAGCAGUCGCAGUCUCAGACGGACGCGACGCCGGGCACCUCCCAGGAGCACUUGUUCCCGCCGACGCCGCCCGCCUCUGACCAGAAGAGCCCCAAAACGCCCUCCACAAAGACUCCAUCCACUAGGCAUCAAAUCGUCGCAGAGGUCAGAUUACACGUGCACGUCGAGUGAGGUUAGGAUAGCAAGGAGGUUAAUGUUGGAUAUGUUCUUUUUUGCGUAUAUUGUGUGACGUUGAGAUUGUAGCAAAGUUUUCUUGACAGGAUGACUUACACAGAGAAGUAUUAGGUUACAUAGGAUUUUUUUAAUACCGUAAUUCCCACCCAAAUAUUUUUAAGAUGAACUCAACACUUCGUGUGUAGUCAAGAUAGCCAGGUAAGUUAAGAGCCGUACAACAUUGACACCUUAGGGAUUUACUAACCGGACUUGAGUGAUUAUUUCUAACUGUGUGGUCUCGCUUUGUAACUCACUAAAUACUACUAAAUGCGCGUUUUUGCAUGAAACUUACCCUUUAAUUUAUUUAAGGUGUCUCAUAAUGAUUCGAUUAGUCUUCCAAGAGCUGUAUAUUAUUGUAGUUCUGUACAUACAGAG